AUGUUCUUGUCGCAAUCUUUCCUUCUUUUUCUUCUUUUUUUUUCCUUUCCUUCUAUUUCUUCUUUUUCUUCUUCAUUUUCUUUUCCUUUUUUCCUUUUCUUUUUCUUCUUUUCCUUCUUUUUUCUUCUUCUUUUCUUAUUUUCGUCUUCUUUUUCUUCUUCUCUUCUUCAUUUUCUUCUUUUUUCUACUUUUUCUUUUUUCUUUUUCGUCUUCUUGUUUUCUUUUUUCCUUUUUUUUCUUUUUCUACUUCUUUGUUUCUUCUUUUUCUUCUUCAUUUCUUUUUUCUUUUUAUUCUUUCCCCUCUUUUUUCGUUUUCUUCUUUUUCUUUUCUUCUUUUUCUUUUUCCUCUUAUUUUGUCUUCUUUUUCCUUCUUUUCUUCUUCAUUUAAUUCUUUUUUCUUUUUCCUUUAUCAUCUUUUCCCUCAUUUUUCUUUUCUUCCUCCUUUUCUUUUUCUUCUUCUCUUUCUUCUUUUUUUUUCUUUUUCCUUUUCUUCCUUUUUCUUUUUCCUCUUCCUUUUCUUCCUUUUUCUUUUUCUUCUUCCUUUUCUUCUUUUUCCUUAUCUUCAUAUUUCGUCUUCUUUUUUCCUUUUUUUUCUUUUUCUUCUUCAUUUACUUAUUUUUCUUUUUUCCUUCUUGGUAUUUACUUCUUUUUUAUUUCUUUUUCUUCUUCUUUUUCUUCGUUUUCUUUUUCUUCUUCUUCUACCAGACAUAUCUCCUCAUGACAACUUCCUGUAUUUGUAGCCUUUAG